UUGUGUUAGCUAGCAGACGAGCUCGUGAAUGGAGGUAUGACAGGGUAAUAACGUCUUAUUACAUGUGCACGAUUAAGUUAUUACAAACGCACAGUGAUGGAGAACGGAAACGGUUCUGAUUCUGCGUCCACAUCCAAGAGCCACACAGGGUCCCUCCACCUGCAGACUCCAAAAAAUGAGGACACCUAUGAAAUUGCCAUCCCUUAUGAAGAAAGCAACUUUGAGCAGCAAGGAUAUUUCAACCAGGGUGAUCAAAAUUUUGAUGAGUCACCCCAGACGUCUCCCCCUGCUCCCGUCAACAACUCAUACAUGGUGAUCACAAACCUACGAACCCAGCUACAGAUCUCUCUAGAGAAAAACUCCUGGCUGCAGAAAAGAAUAGAGGAUUUGGAAGAAGAGAGGGACUUCCUCCGUUGCCAGCUGGACCGCUUCAUCUUCUCCACCAAGAGCCAGUACAGUAACGGUUAUGAACCGAGAAGAUUCAGCUGGAGGGCUAGAAGAGAAGAAGAACGUCCAGCAGAGCAACAGAAGACUGACACGCAGCACUUCUCCCCACGCCAAUUUAUCCAACGAAGGCCUGGACCUACAACGAUGGUGUCCUCCAAAAACCACAUCUCUAAUCCACUUACCAAUCAGCUUGCCUCCAUUAAUGCAUUGUUCAACUCCACACAAUCCCAGGCCCUCUUGCAAAGCCAUAGCCACAGCACUCCCAGCACCACAGCUGGGGGCAGCAGUGGAAUCAGCAACAGUGCUUCAAGGUCAUCCAUGAAUGAAAUGAGUGGACAUAACAAUGUAGGGCAAGAUUCACUUUCACUUUUGGAUGAACCUGAUGAGUAUUUGGAGCAGGAAGGGUUCUUCGAGGAGGAGGAAUUGAUUUCAGGGGAAGAUUUAAUGUCAGAUACCAUAAACAGCAACAGACACCAGUUAAAGAGAAGGCGGGUCUUCAGAGCCCCUAAGGAGCGACAGAGAGUUAAAGAUGCUGCUGGGGUGCUGUUUCGCUACAAGAAGAUCCUGCUUACCUACCAGCGUUUGAAAAACAUGUCCAAAGCCUUCCAAAUCCAUGGUGUGGACCGAAACACAGUGGCUUCAACCACACCCAUAGCUGAGCUGCUGUUAGUGGCCCCAGAGAAGGUGGCAGAGGUGGGUGAGUUUGACCCAUCCAAGGAGAAGCUGUUGGACUAUGCACGACGAUGCUACACUGCUUUGGACGAGGAGACACUAAGCAGGGUGCAGGCCCUGAAAAAGAAUAACCUGCUACUGCCCAUCUCCUACAGGUUUAGACACUAAAGGGAGAAGAGGGUUGAGGAAACUUAGUCCUGGUGUACCAGACGAGCUCUAUUCGAGGCACCGAUUAGUCCACAGGCGUGAGGAUUUAUUUUGCAUCUCAGUGUCCUAGAUCUGGCCAUUUAAACUGUGUCCAACUCCCUCUGCUUUUCAGAAAAAUUAAUAUUUAACUUACCGUUUUUCUUCUCAUCGUGUCACACAGGAUUAUCAGUGUUGAUAAUCCUAACUGUCUUGGUAGUGAUAGUGAGGAUCUGCCUGGGAGCUACAGUAAAAAGGGACAAAAACAUUUGUUUCUGAGCAAAAAUUGCAUGUCUGUUAAAGCCACAAGGUGUCUUUGCCUUAGGAUAAUAUGUUAAGGAUUAUUAAUAUAGCGAAAGCAAUGUAGUUCAUUUAUGUGCUAGCCAUGAUGUUUGCAGAGACACAAAUAACUUUCUUUCGUUAACAUUUGGACCAGCUGGAGGCCAGUAUUUUAUAAACCCACUGUCUGGACCAUUUCAGUUUCUUAAAGUCUACAUUUAAUAUUAUCUGAGCAAGCUUCUGUCACUUUAUUUUUGUGCAAUUUUGACCCAAUCCAAAUACUGUGGUACAUUUUGAUUACAUUUUCGGUGGUGGAUAUAUAUUAUAUUGCACUUUUAAGUUUUUUUUUUUUUUUUAAUCACUAUUGAAGGCUAAUCAUUUUUUUUUCAUAAUACGUUUUGUGUUUUUGUUGUAUUGUUAUUUUGUAAUUGUCAUUCUACCCCAAACCAUUUUACCUGCCUUAAUACAUUUUUGUGAUUUACUUGCUGAGAUAUUCAAUAGUUUUGGGUCCCUUUCAUCCUCUAAAAACCUCUUGAACUAUACUUGUUUUGGUUUGCAGUUGUCCCUGUUCUAAAGGAGGGGAGAGAUAGUAAAAAAGAUGCUGGUGGAAUCAUAAUCUGUCCACAGUAAAGACUAGUUCAACACUAUGUGGUACAAAUGCUUUUGGGAACAUAAGUUUGGCAAGAAGAGCCACUUUAUUUUAAUUCAAGUUAAAGAAUAACAUUCAUAUGUUUGUGAUAUUGUAUGUGUGACAUGUAAUGAUAGUUAUAACAACCUCUGUUCUGUUGGGCCAGUUUUUGCCCAAAUAUUGCAGCAUUGUUAUUCCACUGAGAAAUGUAACCACACCUUUUGUUUGCACUAAAAUACUUCAAAUAUCACUUUUUAUUUUUUUAGUAUAGAAGUUUUUGUAAAUCCUCUUUUGGAAGGUAUUGCCAAUUUUUAAGCUACACUACAGAUAAUUUUCUUUACUGGCAUAACUUUUGUUUCUGUGUGAAAUAACUGAAAAUGUGGAUUCUUAUUAAAUCAACAAUUUAAGAGUGUGGAAACAAAAAAAGGUGAACAGGUUUGGUCAAAAUUGAAGGCUGAUGACAAACUGCUAAUAUUGUGUAAUAAUGUGUUGUGUUUAAUUGAUAAUUUUGCAUUUAUUAAAACAGAUUACAACAUAAUACAGUCA